CCUGGCGGUAGGCGGUGACGUUCUGAGAACUGCCAAAUGUUAAUAUUCGUCCUUCUUACACGAUAGAGAAGCAAUGAUAGGUGUCAAAAUCAUUAUAUGCAGCCGGUAGAAUCGAUAUGUCCUCAAUUCUUGGCCGACAUGUGGCUCGAACCGUUCGAUCGCCACUCCGUCCGUUUUCCAGCCGGGCCCCCCUUUCGGCGGAUUUCCAACAUGCCGUGAUCGGAGGUGGAGUGGUUGGUCUCGCUGUCGCGCGCAAACUACAAUCAAGAGGCGCCGAUACGAUCUUGAUUGAGAAGCAUGGAGGUGUAGGGACGGAGACGAGCAGUCGAAAUUCGGAGGUGAUACACGCCGGUCUGUACUAUGGAAAGGAUUCCUUGAAGACCAAACUCUGCGUUCGCGGGAGGAUCCUCCUCUACGAGCUGUGCGAGAAGUACUCCAUCCCCUACCGCAAUUGCGGGAAAUGGAUCGUUGCGCAAGAUGACGCACAAUUCGCGCAGUUGGAGAAGACGCACGCAUUCACGAAAGAGAUCGGCGUCCCGACGCAUUUCGUGUCGGCGGAGGAGGCCAAACGUCGGGAGCCAGAUGUCCGCGCGGAAGCAGGCGUUCUGGAGAGUCCGACGACGGGGAUUGUUGACAGUCAUUCCUUGAUGCAGUACCUGCAGGGUGACUUCGAAGAUAAGGGAGGGACCACGGCGUUUUUAUCGAAAGUGGAAAGCGUCACUCCCCUCGACCAUGGCUCCAAAGGUUGGCAAAUCGAAGUCUCAUCGCCUGACAGCAACGAGACCACAACGAUCACCACCGAAACCUUCAUCAACUCCGCCGGCCUGUCCGCUAUCCCCCUCUCCAACACUCUCCUCCCCCCCGAACGCCAAACCACGCCCGCGUAUGCAAAAGGCUCAUACUACAGCUACUCCUCCUCGCGACCGAAACCCUCGCAUCUGAUCUACCCGGCGCACAGCCCCGGAAUCGCCGGCCUGGGCACGCAUCUAACCAUCGACAUGGGCGGGCGCAUCCGCUUCGGCCCCGACGUCCUCUGGGUCGACGACCCCACCGACUAUCGCGUCUCAGACGCGCAUCUAGCGGCGGCGCUGGCGGAGAUCUCAGCGUAUCUGCCGGGCGUGGACAAGGGUGCGAUCGCGCUCGAUUACGCGGGCAUUCGGCCGAAGAUGGGGAGGGCCGGGUCGGUGGUGGAGGGGAAGGGGUUCUUAGAUUUUUAUAUCAAGAGGGAGGAGGGGUUUGAGGGGUGGGUGAACUUGUUGGGUAUUGAGAGUCCGGGGCUGACGAGCUCGUUGGCGAUAGCGGAGGAGGUGGAAAGUUUGCUAUAUCGUUGAUUGUACGCAAAAGGACUUGACUAUUUGGAAGUUGGAUCUUGUAAAUAUACCACGCUAGGAUUGCUCCAUUAGUAGGCUAGUAACAGGAACGAAGGACAACUACGGGGUAUUGGAUCUAUUGCUGUCCUCAUUCCCUUGAUGCCUCAAACCAUAGUAGUCAGAGCCCUGCGAUCCGUAGUCAUAAUAACAAACUCUCA